AGAAGAAGACUUUUAACCUCUUCUGAGCAACAAUCUCUUCUUCUGAGAUAAAAUGGUGGCUUCUCUCAGACUCCCUUCUCUCACCUCCCUCCUCUUUCCCGCCACCACUCGUUACCCAGCAGCUCUCCGCCGAAGAGUAUUAUGUCCACGGAACCGACCCGCUUCUGGAUUCGCGACGGCUCCGAGCGGCACUGCUGCUUCGCCGGAGGUUCAUCGGCUGAGGUCGGACCAAGCCGUAACGCCUCGGUCGCAGGACUUCAACGCUUGGUAUCUGGAUGUCAUCGCUAGCGCAGAGCUCGCUGACUACGGUCCGGUCCGUGGCACGAUGGUGAUUCGUCCCUACGGUUACGCCAUCUGGGAAGCGAUUCAGGACUACUUGAAUGUGAAAUUCAAAGAGACUGGCCAUAGCAACAUGUACUUCCCACAGUUUAUACCAUACUCGUUUAUUGAGAAAGAAGCUUCACACGUUGAGGGAUUUAGUCCCGAACUAGCCCUUGUCACUGUUGGUGGAGGACAUGAACUUGAAGAGAAGCUUGUGGUUCGGCCUACCAGUGAAACCAUUGUGAAUCACAUGUUCACCCAGUGGAUUCACAGCUAUCGUGAUCUUCCUCUCAUGAUCAAUCAGUGGGCCAAUGUCACUAGAUGGGAGAUGCGGACAAAACCAUUUAUUAGGACUCUUGAAUUUUUGUGGCAAGAGGGUCACACUGCUCAUGCCACUCCUGAGGAGGCAGAAAAAGAGGCAAAACAGAUGAUCGAGAUCUACACCAGAUUUGCUUAUGAGCAAACUUCCAUACCUGUAAUUGCAGGUCGAAAAUCAAAGCUAGAGACCUUUGCUGGUGCUGAUACAACCUACACUAUUGAGGCUAUGAUGGGAGAUCGGAAGGCUUUGCAGGCUGGUACCAGCCACAACUUAGGGCAAAACUUUUCUCGUGCUUUUGGAACUCAGUUCCAAGAUGAGAAUGGGGAAAGGCAACAUGUGUGGCAGACAUCAUGGGCAGUCAGUACACGUUUUGUCGGUGGCAUCAUCAUGACUCAUGGAGAUGACACUGGUCUUAUGCUUCCUCCCAAGAUAGCUCCAAUACAGGUAGUGAUCGUACCUAUUUGGAAAAAAGACACUGAGAAAACAGAAGUUCUCAGUGCUGCAUCAUCAGUGAAGGAAGUUCUUCAAACUGCUGGGGUCAGAGUUAAACUUGAUGACACAACCGAACGAACCGCAGGGUGGAAGUUCAAUUUCUGGGAAAUGAAGGGAGUCCCUAUAAGGAUUGAGAUUGGUCCACGCGAUGUAUCCAGCAACUGUGUUGUUGUCUCGAGGAGGGACAUACCAGGAAAGGCAGGAAAAGUAUUUGGAAUAUCAAUGGAGCCAUCAACGUUAGUAGCAUACGUGAAAGAGAAGUUAGAUGAGAUCCAAUCAUCACUUCUUGAGAAGGCAAUAUCAUUCAGGGAUAGUAACAUAGUGGAUGUGAACUCAUACGAGGAGCUCAAAGCUGCGAUUGCUUCAGGGAAAUGGGCAAGAGGUCCAUGGUCAGCCAGUGACUCAGAUGAGCAAAGGGUAAAGGAGGAAACAGGUGCGACCAUUCGGUGUUUUCCAUUUGAACAGACUCUAGGAAGCAAAACAUGUCUGAUGACUGGUAAUCCAGCAGAGGAAGUUGCUAUCUUUGCCAAGUCUUACUAAAGACUUGUUCCUCAUUUCUUACACACAUUCCCAAAUUAUAUCCAAAGAUUUUGUUUCCGUGGCUGUCGGAGUGGAGUGAUUGUUGUCGGAUCCUUGGACACCUCUCUCGUUAUUUCUGGUGCAUUUGCCCCCAAUAACAUCCUUAUAUGUUUAAUUUUGUAAAGGAGAAAUAUUGAAUGAUAUAAUUUCAAAUGACAAAUUCUUUUUAUUGCACCAA